CCAUGUUGGGCUUUUGUUUAUCCGCUCACGAGUGGGCUUGUUUCCUGUUCACGGUUAGAGUGUCAGUUGAGCGUUAGGAGGUUGUAGAGGUUCAGUUGGUCGCCGGGUUCUUUUACAAUGUCGGGUGAAUGCUUUAAUUGUGGACGUUCUGGUCAUUUUGCUCGUGACUGUCAAUCAGGGUCAAGAGGUGGUAGAGGGGGUGGUGGUUAUCGUGGUGGACGUGGCGGUGGCGGCGGCGGCGGAGGUGGACGCGACCGUGACUACAAUGAACCUCGUCGAAACGGCUGCUACAGUUGCGGUGGGUUGGGUCAUAUUGCUCGGGAUUGCACGAGUGGUCGUGGAUAUGGUUACGGCGGUGGAGGCUAUGGGGGUGGCCACGACAUGUGUUACAACUGUGGUGGGACGGGACAUUUUGCACGAGAUUGUACUAAUGGAAGACGAGAAGGUGAUGGCUCAUAUAAUAAUGGUGGUGGUAGUGGACGUGAUUGCUACAACUGUGGCGAACCAGGCCACAUCUCUCGAGACUGCCCGAAUAAUGAUCGGAGAAAUGACUCAAACGGUCCAAAAUGCUUCAGGUGUAAUAAGUACGGUCAUAUCGCGCGAGAUUGCACGGAAAGUGGAGGUUCUGGCCCGCAGUGCUAUAAAUGUCAAGGCUUUGGUCACAUAGCAAGCCGAUGCAACGUGGAAGCAUGAAUGGGAUACAUGAGACUGACUUUGUUGUAGUGUUUCAUACCCGCAAUCACUGUUUCUCUUCGCACUCACUGUGUGGUGAAUGCAUUAAACUGAAUUUAUGCUACUUGAUAAAAUUUUUCACGUUAUGCUCGUCUGGUGGCUUCUGAUUUCGCGUUUCAAGUGGUGAGUUGAGGUGUGUCGUUUGUCGUCAUGAGAACUGCAAUAUGCUUCGUCAUGAUCGACAAGUUUAGGAAUCAGUGUAUGACCGUAGUACCUAAAUGCAGAUCCAACCGUGCCUACAAAUGAAGUUCCAGGUGAGCUCAUGGCUGCACGGAUUGCUAAUCUGUCAUUCUCGCAGGGGGAUAAGCCGAUUUGAGUAUUCUGGGGAAGGAUCAUGCAUGCACCAAGGGUUUAAAGCUUAAAGUCGCUACCAAUUGGAUGGGAGUAGAGGUAGGUAGCAUCAACCGAAUGGCUUGUGCCGACUGCUGUGUGGGGUUUAAAGUUGCGUCAUGACUGCCAUCCAAGAGGCUUCUUUAGUCGCUGAACAGCAAAGUGUGUACUGAUUCAAAAUGCGGAUAGCUGUUUGUCGUGAGAACCGUGCUGCAUGAGGUUUUGGGAG